CGACAUCGUCGUUCGUCGUCGGUGGUUGUCACCGUAUCACCGGAAAGUAGUCGGCGGCGUCCACUUGGGCCCACACUCAUUACUCCCCCUGACACCCGCGCACCUGCACCACCGAGGUAGCGGAGCCAUAUGCACGUCGCCUCCGUCUGGCAAGCAAGCCUCAUUCCAUUUCGAUCGAGGCCCGAGGAUGAUCCAUGCCCUGCGCCUGCAGGUAGCAGUAGCACUGCAUCGCCAUCACUAGCUGUGUCCCUCGCGCGCGCCAUGGCGGUGGCGUGCAGGAGGCGCCAUGCAUUUACUCCUCCUGCCUGCCCGCUCCCGCCGGACACGUACGCAUCGCACCCAGCUCCCGCGCCAUAUUUACCCUCGUCCUGCUCCUUCCACCUUCACCGUCGCUAGAGCUGGCUGAGCUGAGCCUAGACAUGCGCGCUGCGAUGUCUGCCGGCCUGUGGCAGCUGCUCGUUGCCGUGAGCGCGUUUCUGGCGACGGCGGCGGCGCAGGAGACAGGGGCGGCGCCCAUGGUGCCGGCGCUGUUCGUGUUCGGGGACUCGCUGCUGGACAACGGCAACAACAACAACCUGGCGUCGCUGGCCAAGGCAAACUACCUCCCCUACGGCAUCGACUUCGCCGCCGGCCCCACCGGCCGCUUCUGCAACGGCUACACCAUCGUCGACGAGCUCGCUGAGCUGCUUGGGCUGCCCCUGGUUCCGGCCUACUCCCAGGCCUCUGACUCCGGCCAGCAGCUCCUCCAAGGCGUCAACUACGCCUCCGCCGCCGCCGGGAUCCUCGACGAAAGCGGUGGAAACUUCGUUGGACGGAUACCGUUCAACCAGCAGGUCCAGAACUUCGAGUCGACUGUUGGCCAGAUCGGCGCCACCGCUUCCGGUGGCCCGGCGACUGCAGCCGGCAUCGUUGCUCGGUCCAUCGUGUUCGUGGGGCUGGGGAGCAACGACUACCUGAACAACUACAUCAUGCCCAACUUCGAAACCCGGAGGCGUUACACUCCCCAGCAGUUCGCCGACCUCCUCGUCACACGAUACGCCUCCCAGCUCACCAGGCUGUACAAGGCGGGGGCGAGGCGGUUCGUGGUGGCCGGGGUGGGAUCGAUGGGGUGCAUCCCGACCAUCCUGGCGAGGAGCACGGAUGGGCGGUGCUCGGAGGAGGUCGACCAGCUAGUGGCACCGUUCAACGCCGGGGUGAGGGGGAUGCUGGACGGCCUCAACGCCGGCCUCCCCGGGGCCACCUUCACGUACCUCGACAACUACCGCCUGUUCAAGCUCAUGCUCGCCCACCCUGCCUCCUACGGGUUCGACGUGGUGGACCGGGGUUGCUGCGGGAUCGGCCGGAACGGCGGGCAGAUGACGUGCCUGCCCUUCAUGCCGCCGUGCGCCGACCGGGAGCGCUACAUCUUCUGGGACGCCUACCACCCCACGGCGGCAGUCAACGUCAUCAUGGCGCGCCAGGCCUUCGACGGCGCCUCCGACGUCGUCUCCCCCGUCAACGUUCGCCGCCUCGCACAACUCUGACCUGCCGGCCGCCAUUUAAUCUGAAUUACCAGGUCGACUAGCUAGAGUACCCAGUCCGUAGUUAUUAAUAAUCUAAUCAGAACUCAGAAUCAGACCAGACGUGUGUCUGCCGCGUGCAAAAUUAAAUUGAAUGGACCAUAUGCUUGACAUUUUGGUGAGUGGAAUUUAUGCUUUCUA